UUUUGACUUCCAGAUGAAUCUUCAUGAAAAUUUGCUCAAUCUGUUUAUUUGUUUUGCAUGUGCAGCUCAUCUGCUGUCCAGUACAACCUGCCUCCUGAACGAACUAGCACUUUACUUUGAAGGUUGUGAGCAGCGGAAGUGGAGCCGUUGUUUCCGGUGGUUGUGUUUGCUGUGGUCUGGUUCGGCUCGGUUCAGCUCGGCUCGGUACAGACCAGCAGCUGUAGGACCAGCAGAAGUAAACCUGUGUGUGACCGCGGAGGAAAGAUGGCGGCCCCUGCUCUCUCCGGUCGGACUGGCUCGGCGGGCAGCCUCGGGAACAGCCCCACAAUGGCCGCCGGCAGGCCGCCGCACGGCGGCGGCGGCGUCGGGCCCGAGCUCGACUUCAGGUCGGCGGCCCGCAUGGAGGACCUGAACCGGCUCAUCCAAGAGUUCAGCAAGCACGACCAGCGGGAGUACGACGACCAGCGGGCACUGGAGAUCCACACGGCCAAGGACUUCAUCUUCUCCAUGCUGGGAAUGGUCCAGAAGUUGGACCAAAAGCUCCCGGUGGCCAAUGAGUACCUCCUGCUCUCGGGAGGCGUUCGGGAAGGUGUGGUGGACAUGGACCUGGACGAGCUGAGCGUCUACGCCCGUGGCACAGACUACGACAUGGACUUCACUCUGCUGGUCCCAGCGCUCAAACUCCAUGACCGCAACCAGCCGGUGACCCUGGACAUGAGGCACUCAGCCCUGGGCCACUCCUGGCUCAGCCUGCGCCUCUUUGAUGAAGGAACUAUCAACAAGUGGAAGGACUGCUGCACCAUCGUCGACCACAUCAGCGGGACCACCAACUACUUCUUCUCCCCGACGCUGGUGGCCGACUGGUUCUACCAGUCCAUCUCCCUAGUGCUGCUGGAGGUGCAGAAGAAGCCACAGAGAGGGAUGCCCAGAGUGGAGAAGGUGGAGAGGAACGGCACCAUCAUCUCCGUCAUCCUGGGUGUUGGGAGCAGCCGGAUGCUCUACGACAUCGUCCCCGUGGUGUCGUUUAAAGGCUGGCCAGCUGUUGCUCAGAGCUGGCUGAUGGAGAACCACUUCUGGGAUGGGAAGAUCACUGAGGAGGAGGUGAUCAGCGGCUUCUACCUUGUCCCUGCCUGCUCCUACAAAGGCCGCAAGGAGAAUGAGUGGCGGCUGUCGUUCGCCCGCAGUGAGGUGCAGCUAAAGAAGUGCAUCUCGUCCAGCCUGAUGCAGGCCUACCAGGCCUGUAAAGCCAUCAUUAUAAAGCUGCUCUCCCGCCCCAAAGCCAUCAGCCCCUACCACCUCCGCAGCAUCAUGCUGUGGGCGUGUGACCGCCUCCCUGCCAACUACCUGGCACAGGACGACUUCUCCGCCCACUUCCUGCUCGGCCUGAUCGACGACCUGCAGCACUGCCUCGUCAACAAGAUGUGUCCCAAUUACUUUAUUCCCCAGUGCAACAUGCUGGAGCACCUGUCGGACGAGACGGCCAUGCUGCACGCCCGCAAACUGUCCUCGGUGCGCUCCGACCCGGCCGAGCACCUCCGCACCACCAUCGAACAUGCCAAGGCCGCCAACAGGCUGACGGUGGAACUGCAGUGGCGAGGAAGCUCCAACAACCUGCCAUCACCGCAGUCUGACGCUGGAGGCGAGAACCAGCCGGACGAUCGGCUGGCCAAGAAGCUCCAGCAGCUCGUCACCGAGAAUCCUGGGAAAUCCAUUUCAGUCUUCAUCAACCCGGAUGACGUGACGCGACCACACUUCCGCAUCGACGACAAAUUCUUCUGAAACUGAGAAACGUUCUGCCAGACCUCCUCCUCUUCUCUCUCUCUCUGCCUUCCUCCUCCUCACCCGGUGCCCCGCCUCCUCUGAAACUUUAUUUUUUACAUUUUUUAUGUUUUUCUGCCACAGAGUGAAGUGAGGUGAUUGUCUAGUUGUGUCUGCCACAGUUUUUUAUUUUUAUUUUUCUAUUCCCUCUCCCUUCUUCCCUCCUCUUUCACUGUGUGCCCUGUGUUUUUUUACCUGCUGAAUGCCUUUUAAAUAAACAGCUGAAUAGCAGCAGGUUGUUUUUAAAACUGAAGGAUGAGGUGAAAUCCACCUUCAGAUGGAAUUCAUCUUCCUGUCCGACGGUAGUUUAAUGUGAUUAUCAGGGAUUCUGGAAAUGAGACCAAACCACCACCUCCUGAAAACAUCACAGCAGCCUCAGUAACCUGUAGUAACCAUGUAACAUGAAGGUAAUAUUUCCACCUUAAAAUAUGAUGCAAUCACUGGCCAGUCAUUACCACUGAAAGAAUAAAAGCUCAUUAAUACACCUUUAUUUAUUAAAGCAGUUAAACAGUAACUGAUGCACAGCUUUGCAACAAUUACACUAAAUAUUCUGUAACAAAGAAAGAGCAAAGAUGUUACAAACGUUUGAUCUCAGAACAUUGAUCAGUGAUCAAUCUGAUCAUUUAUCUUAUUUAUUUACUUUAUUUUUCUGUUUUCUUCUCAGGAAUUAUGACUUUUAUUGUAAUUAAGUCUAAUAGAAUAAUUAAGCUGAGGUAUUAUCUCUUAUACAUGCUCAGUAUUCUUCUCCUCUCUUCUCCAUUCUUCUUCUUUAUUAUAAUCAUGACUUUUAUAUAUAAAGUUUCUCAUAAUAAUUCAGUAUGUCACCCAGUUAGAAACAUUUCCUCAUAAUUAAAGGUGAACAUCUCAGAUAUGUAUAUAUAUACAUAUAUCAUAAUUGUAACCUUGAUACUAAGUUAUAACGAUGAUGUGAUAUCUGAAUUUUUCUCAUAAUAAUUUGGUUAUGAGUCAAUGACAGAUGCUAAUUUCUCAUGAUUAAAUUGCAAGAUUUAAUAUGUGAAUAAAAAUGAUGAGAUACUGUCGUAUAAUUAUAAGAAAAUAAUAAGAGAGCAACAGCAAGCUAAGAUGGAGGAUUUUUGUUUUUGCCUCUGAUUGUUAAAACACUGAACCUGCAGCAGCAUCAAGGCUGUUCUAUAUGAGAUUGUACACACAUUCAGGAGGUGGGGAUGCCAAACCGCACGUGGUGUCUCAGAGCCAGGAGUGAAGAUGAUGAGUUGUGUUUGAAGGUGGAUUUUGUCCCUCUGAAGAAUGUCUUAGUCCUGCUGGGGGACAAUGGUACUAAUGUCUUAGAGACUAACUGUAAAUAGAAGAAAGCUGACUGAACACUGAUGUGUAGACAGAAGUGAAAUAGAGACUGAUGACUCAUGAUGAUGAUGUGUGGACAACUCUUCGUCUAACUUUGCACAGAAUGUAAAAAAAAACCCACUUUUUUUUGUUCGUCCUGACUCUGAAAUGUUGUAUCAUAUCAUCAGACAGUGACACUUUACUGCUGUAAAGCUGCAGUAGCUGUCGUACUGAGCAUUUUAAAUGUGCGUUAACCAGUGAAAAAGCAGGAAGUACACAGUGAUACUGCAGUAACACUUCAUCAGUCUGUUUUUAAUGUGCUGACCACAGAGCGCUUUUGAAUGUGAAUGUGAACAGAAGGUAAAGUGCCCAUGUGGUGUUUGGGGACAGCUAUGAAAAUCAGAUUUCAAUUGACCUAGAGACACACACAGACUUUUUUCUGCUGCUCACUCGCAGAACUUCUCAUAAGGUUCAGAAAACUGGUGAUGUGAAUGUUAGUUUCAGACUAACCAGGAGAGGUGACGUGGUGAAAAAACUUGCUCCAAACAAGACUCUGUUGUCCAACAUGUGGAGGUUGAUAAAAGAUUCAGUUUUCUGCAGAUGAUCUCUGUCCUGAGGGAAAGAGCUUGACUGUUCUCUGUGAUACAACUUUAUCAAGAGGCAAACAAGAAAACAAGGUGUUGAAACAGAUCACUCAGGUGCUGAUCUAUGUUGUGCAGCAGUAUUGUGGUAACAGGAUAAAAUCGUUCGUUAUCACAUCACCUCUGCUAAUGUCAUAUUAUGGACUUUAAGUGGUGACGGUUGAUGGGACAGCUACCGCAUGAUGCAAUGAUGUAGAUUCUAUGUCGACACUUCUUACUGAUGCAGUUUAACUGUCUACUACGAGAGAAAGACUAGUUUGCCCUGUGAUACGUUACAGAGUUAGCAGGUAAUUAUAAAUUCUUGUCUUAUUUAACACUUUCAUUUCAUUUAUAUUCAAUCAUACCAUUAGUAUUUUAUGCAUUAUGAGUAUAUUUGUUAAAGAUACUGAUAAUUUGACAGAUUUUCCCAAUUUAUUCAUAGACAUGUCAGUCAUUGCCAGCAGCACUCAAGAUGCUGAGAGGUGAGAGCCAGGCUCAUGUUCCAGUAGGCAAACUGUUGUUAACCUCCAUCCUCCCUCUCCAGCCCAUCACCUCACUGUGCUGUGUGUUGAUGUCUCUGUCCGUGGUGCUGAAGUAACUUAUUUAUACAAACUCCUCAUCUGAUUUGAAAUUGUCUGUAAAGCGAAUAUCAAGAGCUCUCAGGACAUUUAAAGAGACAUUGUAGCAAUGUUCAGAUCGACCUUGGUUAACUGAAGAAGUGAAGUAGCCGUUACCAUUAGCUAUUACCACGGCAUCACGUUGGAAUGUAUACGGGCACCGUAGCCGUCACUUCACCUGUUGCUAUUAGUGAGUGAGGCGUUUUGUUAGACAGUCUUCUGCAGAAUGAAUUGAUCAUAAGAUUCCUGUAGUAAGGGAGCACUAGAAAAAAAGUGGUUCAUACAACUUUGUGUCCGACCGUGUAGGAAAUCAGAUGAGUUCAGAAGCCUUCAUACAGAGGCGACAAGAUGUUGUUUUUAAAAAAGGGGGAUAAUGGCAAAUAUUUUCAUACAUUGUCUCCAAAAAGACCUUGAUAUUAUAGCGCUGGGUUGUUCACAGAAAUAACACAGAGGUUUACAAAGCUCUGGCGGAGUCUACCUGACCCUCAACACGGUCUGAGUCCACCUCCAGAGACUCCCAACCUACCUGCACAUUUUAGAUUAUAAGUAGCAUAAUGUGGACAACACAGCUGCCUGCACCAAGGGCAUAUACUAAACUCUUGCCUAUUUUAGGCUCCACUGUUGGUCAGUGUAACAGGCAGGGAAAUUCAGAGCAACAGCUAAAACACUGAUCACUUCAGGAGAUGUUGUAAAGGACAUUUAAUGAGGGAACACUUAAAGUAAUGGUCAAAGGCUUCCUAAACAAUGUAUGGACAAAAUGGCUUAGAAAAUGAACGAGCCUGUUGUCCACCAGCCUCAGUCAGAGCUGGGGAUGUGAAUUCGCAACAAUUUAUGUUUCUCUGUAGUAAACUUCAAAUCCAACCUGUCAGUGAACACAUCUAACAGCAUCACUGUGUCUUCUUCAGCCUGUCUCCUCCACUGUUUAACACUCAGGUGAAUCUGCUGCAGUGUGAACAUGGUCUGUAGAGUGUCACUGACUCUCUCUUUAGACAUGAUAUCACAGGCAACUCUCUCCACUGACUCCUCUCACUCUCCUCCAUGUUCUUUGUUCUGAUCAGAAAUGAUCGCACAUGUCAAUAUGCUUCGCUGUUUAUGUUUGACCUGCUGUUUUUGUUUAACCUGAUGUUUUGUUGUCAGCUGCUUUUCUGUGUUUUGAUGUGAUGAAGAUUCAACUCAACUCAACCAGCUCAGGACGUGAAUCAUAGAGGGACAUGUGGUCUGAUGGAGAAGUUUCAGAAAACAUGAUUCCAGCCUUAUUCUAAAGGUCUGAAGCUCAGGGUGGAAUGUCCCAACAGUCACACCAUAUUUUUCAGGUCUCAAGAUUCUUCAUAGGAAUAACACUGAUAGUUAAACUAAAGCCCAACCAGCUCAGAGUGGGUUGACCAUAUCUGCAGCAUUUAUGUCUGUUGUGAAGGUCCACGCUGGUAGCCUGCCAUCAUAUCCUCCUCCUGGCUGCAUCUCACUGACUCCAUGAUCUCUCCAACAAUCCAGUGUCCCUGUUCAACGCCACGUUCACUCUAAAGCAACACAGUUUAGAGCGCUGGCCUCAAAAGAGCUUGCAGCAAAAUUCAGUGUCAGAAUUUUAAGACGAGAUCUCCCAGUGGGACUUCUUCUUCUGCUAGUUUAGUUUCAGCAGUAUUUCUAACAACAUUAGGUCUAAAACUAGGAUAUGGCUGGACUGUUAGCAGUAUCAGCUGGUUUCAGAGAAAGUUAGAAGCAGUACUGACGACUCAUCUACAGACAUAGCUAAGAUUUGUUGCUUGGUACUGUUUUGAAAAAAAGUUGCUAAAGGGUUUGAAAAGCCAGUAUAUCUAGUGACGGGCCAAGUUUUCAACACUACUUAAUUGCACCAAAUCAUUUUGAAAGAGCAGUCACAGAUGGAUAAACUCCAACACUCAGCUGGCCGACCAAUGAGGUGUAACUCCAUCAUUCACUCAGUCAGUCUGUCUUUGACAUUUAUACUGCUGUUGUCGUCCAUCCAAAAAGCUGCAAUACGAUACUUGGCAAACAAACAUCUGCUGUUGUGCACUCAUGACUAAGCAUCAUGGGAGUUGUAGCUGGUCCUGAGCUGGUCGUGUUGAAGGCGAGUCAGUCCCAGUUUUUGUUGUUUUUGUCGACUGUCCCAAGCAUUUCCAGAAAAAUGCCAAAUAACCUAGAGACAUCUGACUGGCAAUGUAAUCUCCAUAUCCACAUCCUCAAGUGCAAUUAGUGAAAACACACACAUAAAGUACACACAGACACACAGACUCGUAAAUAUAUGUGUGUAUAUAUAUAUAUAUAUAUAUAUAUAUAUAUAUAUAUAUAUAUAUAUAUAUCAUGUAUGUAUAUGUUUAUAUAUAUAUAUAUAUAUAACAUGUAGCAUUAAGACUAAAAGACACUGAAAGAAGUUGAAACUGGUUUUAACAAAGAUGCAAACAGACCACAGGACACUAACCCUCCACAAACCAACACACACACACACACAAACUCACACUCACUCAGAGGUUUCUCACACCAUCAAAGUGCCACACACUCUCCUGCUCGGUGGAAAUGUGAUCAGUGUGUUGUUCUUCUGGGCUUCAUGACCUUUGACCUUACUCCUCUCUCUGUUCAGAACCUUUGGACUGUGAGUUUUGAGUUUCUCUGUAUCUUGCUGCUCUGCUUUAUUCUGAUGUUGGAUUUCUUUAUGCAACGUUGACAUGGAUGGUUUCCCUUCAGAUGGCAGCUCCUCCCCCGUCUGUGAAGGUUCUUCACUAUAAUUCACUGUAUAGUAGAGUCAUCAUAAAGUCUUUUAACCAGAAGCUCUCGCAGUCUGUGCUCAGUGACUUCUCUCCAUGUAAACUCUAUCAUUUCAUCUGUUCGUUAAUAACUCUGGACCUUUACUCAAACAGGAACUUUAAGUCUUUCCUGUUGGUUGUUGUUUUCACACACAGUAUAUCUGUGGUACAGCGGUGACAGAGGUGAAUCUGAUGCGAUGGUAAGCAGUCUCAUUAUCCUGCGGGAUCUGCUGUGAAGGCAGCACAUGUUGAAUAACAGAGGCCCCAGAAACCAGCCCUGUGGAACACCACUCAGACUUGUGAUUGUCAACAGCAAAGAGUCCCUGAUAAGCUAAAAUGAACACACAAACAUUCCACAUUUACGAGUAGGUUGAGAAGAUGGUAAUUUUAUAUCUUGUACACAGUAGCUAAUAAAAAGUAAAGUUAUUAAGUCAUUAA